AUGGCACGCCUCCUUCUCUCCGCAAGAGCCGACCUGCAGCUGCUGGCCGGGCAGACAGCGGCCGUCGAUGGAUUGGCCUGGGUUGCAGACAAGAAGGAGGCAUACGUUGAGGUGGAGAUCAAGGACCACAGCGGAGACAAAAUCGUUGUUGAAACAAAGCAUGAGAAGGUGAUGACGGUAAAUGAGGAUGACAUCCAGCAGACGAAGCCCCUGAAGCUCGACCUGAUUGAGGACAUGGCCAUGCUGACUCACCUCCACGAGAUCUCCGUGCUCCACAACCUGCGCCGCCGCUAUAGCAACUGGAUGAUGGACGUGAGUCCAACAGCCACCUGGGGCUUAACAAGCUGUCAGGCACGGUGGCUGCAACACGAUGAUAAAGUGGCGGCUGGGAGCGUGUCCACAAACCUGCCACACUUAGGAUGCAUCGUAUCGAUGACGCUGUCUACCUACUCCGGACUCUUCUGCGUGACGGUGAACCCCUACAAGUGGCUUCCCGUCUACACCGCCCUUCCCCCCCCCCACAUCUACUCCACUGCCGACAAUGCCUACAACGACAUGCUGCGCAAUCGAAAAAUCCAGGCCAUGCUUAUCACUUCAACAGCUUUGAGCAGCUCUGCAUCAACAUUACCAAUUGAGUGGACUAUCAUCAACUUUGGCCUGAACUUGCUGCUCUGCAUUGAUCUCAUUGAGAGGCCCCUGGGGAUCUUGUCCAUCCUCGAAGAGGAGUGCAUGUUUCUCAAGGCUACUGACAGCAGUUUCAAGGCCAAGAUGUACGACAAUCACCUUGGCAAGUCAACCAAUUUCUAGAAGCUCCGUCCCGACAAGAAGCGGAAAUACAAAGCCCACUUUGAGCUGGUGCAUUAUGCUGGGGUGGUUCCAUACAACAUCAUUGGCUGGCUAGACAAAAACAAAGACCCGCUGAACAAAACAGUAGUGAGCUUUUUCCAGAAGUCCUCCAACAAGCUCCUGGCCAACCUUUAUGAGAACUACAUCAGCUCUGAAACAGCAGCUGAAGUUAAACCAGGAACCAAGGAAAAGAGGAAGAAAGCGGCCACUUCUCAGACAGUGUGACAGCUACGCAAGGACAACCUGAACGAGCUCAUGACCAACCUACGCAGCACGCAGCCGCACUUUCUGCACUGCAUCCUCCCUAAUGAGACCAAGACACCAGGCAUCAUGGACGCCUUCCUAGUGCUUCACCAGUUACAGUGCAACCGUGUGCUGGAAGGAAUCUGCAUCUGCCAGAAGGGCUUCCCCAACCGCCUCCUCUAUGCUGACUUCAAGCCGCGAAAGCAGAACAAUCUGUGAAGAGGAAGAGCCCUGUAACGGUGCCCUGCAGGUGUUCUUCAAGGCCAGCCUGAUGGGCCAGCUGGAGGAGAUACCAUGUUCACCAUGUUACAGGCAGUCAGCAGGGACAAGCCGAUGAGGAUGGAGCUGCAGAAGAUGAUGGAGAUGAGAGAUGCCCUGCUGAUUAUCGAGUGGAACAUUCAGGCUUUCCAUGCUGUGAAAAACUGGCCCUGAAUGAAGCUUUUCAUGAAGAUUAAGCCGCUGUUGCGUAGUGCAGCUAUGGAGGAGAUGAUGGCCAACUUCAAGGAGGAGUUCCUCAAGCUAAAGGAGGCCUUCGAGAAGUCUGAGCCUGUCGGAAGUGCAAGGAGCUCGAGGAGAAGAUUGGCUUUGUGCUGCAGCCACAGUGUUCUACCAUGCACAUUUAUUUAUGUAGCAGAUGCUUUUAUCUGAAGUCAGCCAGUCCCUGGAGCUAUUGAGGAUUAAGGACCUUGCUUAGGGGUCCAAUGGUGAAAUCACUCUACCAAUCACAAGAUUUGAAGCAGUGACCUUCCAAUCACAAGCACAUUAUUAAAAUUAGUUUGAAAUUUGUUUGAACCAUUCUGUUAAUUUUAUUAUAUAUCUGUAUAUUGAAACCCCCCAGUCCAGUCCAUGGAUUGGCCAUGGAUUUGUCAACAUUAGCCUAAUAAAAGUUAAUUAUUUGAAUGAA